UUCCUCUCGGAGAUCUAGAACAGAGGACGCUGUGUGCCAAGCCUAGCACUCCCCUCCAUUGAAGCAAGGGACAUCUCAAGUCUUUGAGAUCCAGCCCUUUGUUUGGGAGUAUCACGCUGAAGUGUUUGCAUUUUGUGAUCACAGAUAGCACAUUCUUGCAGAAAUCUGGAGUGACCCUCUGGGGGAAAGGGCGGAAUGUAUGCAUUGCGGAUGUUAAACCUUCCAGCUAUCUGUUGUCUACUGCUCUUCAAAGUUGGCCUAACUACUUCGCAGUGUAAGUCCUACAGUGACUUAGCAGGUAAGCAUGGAGCCAACUGCAGCUAUCGCUCCCUUGUGUCUGUCCCUCGUUCUCUCCCACUGGAUACAGAGAUCCUGUUACUGAGCUACAACAACCUCACCACCGUGUCUUUAAGCUCAUUAGAAAACCUUCCAAAUCUCAGAGACAUUGACCUUUCCAACAACCAGAUACAACACUUUGACCCAGACCGCCCUUUCCCGAUAGAGAAGUUGGAUCUCUCGAAAAACUCCUUGACCAGAAUUCCUGACAUCAGCAACCUCAAGAAUCUCAAAAAGCUGAUCCUCGAUUAUAAUAAGAUACACGCUCUCCCUCAGGGAGCCUUCAAUGACUUGGUUUUACUGGAGGAGCUGAGCAUCAGUGGAAAUGCAAUCCGGGUUAUCCCUGAGAACAUCUUUGACCCUCUCGAGAACCUCAAAUAUUUAACCCUGUCUGCAAACAACAUUGAGAAAUUUGGUGAAUGGAUUCUGGAAAACAUUGACUAUCUGGACACAUUUGAUAUCUCAAACAACAAUCUGCGAUCAAUUCCUCCAAACUUUCUGGAGAUUAUUGCACCCUACAUCUAUCUUUACAAUAAUCCAUGGCACUGUCAUUGUGACACUGUGGAGGAUUUGAUUGGAUGGAUUAAUUUAAAUGAUGGUAACAUCUAUAAUAACAGAAAGGAGGCUGACUCUAAGAGUGUUGUUUGUUCAACUCCAUCUGAAUGGGUUGGAAUUCCGAUUAUAGAAUUCCCCUUUCAACAAAUCUGUCAGAUUGUUACACCUGAAACGGUCCCUCAGGAAUCCACUGUUACAGAAAGGUCCCAAAUCACCACUUUCCAUGGGCACUUAACCACAUCACUGCCUCUGGGGGCUUGUGUUUCGUACACUGAUCUAGCAGGAAAGCAAGGAGCCAACUGCAGCUAUCGCUCCCUUGUGUCUGUCCCUCGUUCUCUCCCACUGGAUACAGAGAUCCUGUUACUGAGCUACAACAACCUCACCACCGUGUCUUUAAGCUCAUUAGAAAACCUUCCAAAUCUCAGAGACAUUGACCUUUCCAACAACCAGAUACGACACUUUGACCCGGACCGCCCUUUCCCGAUAGAGAAGUUGGAUCUCUCAGCAAACUCCUUGAUCAGAAUUCCCGACUUCAGCAACCUCAAGAAUCUCAGAAAGCUGAUCCUCAAUUACAAUAAGAUACAUGCUCUCCCUGAGGGAGCCUUCAAUGACUUGGUUUCACUGGAGGAGCUGAGCAUCAGUGGAAAUGCAAUCCGGGUUAUCCCUGAGAACAUCUUUGACCCUCUCGAGAACCUCAAAUAUUUAACCCUGUCUGCAAACAACAUUGAGAAAUUUGGUGAAUGGGUUCUGGAAAACAUUGACUAUCUGGACACAUUUGAUAUCUCAAACAACAAUCUGCGAUCAAUUCCUCCAAACUUUCUGGAGAUUAUUGCACCCUACAUCUAUCUUUACAAUAAUCCAUGGCACUGUCAUUGUGACACUGUGGAGGAUUUGAUUGGAUGGAUUAAUUUAAAUGAUGGUAACAUCUAUAAUAACAGAAAGGAGGCUGACUCUAAGAGUGUUGUUUGUUCAACUCCAUCUGAAUGGGUUGGAAUUCCGAUUAUAGAAUUCCCCUUUCAACAAAUCUGUCAGAUUGUUACAACUGAAACGGUCCCUCAGGAAUCCACUGUUACAGAAAGGUCCCAAAUCACCACUUUCCAUGGGCACUUAACCACAUCACUGCCUCUGGGGGCUUGUGUUGUGUACACUGAUCUAGCAGGAAAGCAAGGAGCCAACUGCAGCUAUCGCUCCCUUGUGUCUGUCCCUCGUUCUCUCCCACUGGAUACAGAGAUCCUGUUACUGAGCUACAACAACCUCACCACCGUGUCUUUAAGCUCAUUAGAAAACCUUCCAAAUCUCAGAGACAUUGACCUUUCCAACAACCAGAUACGACACUUUGAGCCGGACCGCCCUCUCCCAAUAGAGAAGUUGGAUCUUUCGGCAAACUCCUUGACCAGAAUUCCUGACUUCAGCAACCUCCAGAAUCUCAGAAAGCUGAUCCUCGAUUACAAUAAGAUACACGCUCUCCCUAAGGGAGCCUUUGAAGAACUGAAGAAAUUGGGAGAGCUGAGCAUCAGUGGAAAUACAAUCCAGGUCAUCCCUGCGAACAUGUUUGACCCUCUCAAGAGCCUGAAACAUUUAACACUGUCUGCAAACAACAUUGAGAAUUUCCCUAAAAAUGCUCUGGACAACAUGCAAUAUCUAGACUUGUUUGAUAUCUCAAACAACAAUCUCCAAUCAAUUCCUGAAGAUUUUGUGAACCUCAUUGUCCCUUACAUCUAUCUUUACAAUAAUCCGUGGCACUGUCAUUGUGACACUGUGGAGGAUUUAAUUGGAUGGAUUAAUUUAAAUGAUGGUAACAUCUAUAAUAACAGAAAGGAGGCUGACUCUAAGAGUGUUGUUUGUUCAACUCCAUCUGAAUGGGUUGGAAUUCCGAUUAUAGAAUUCCCCUUUCAACAAAUCUGUCAGAUUGUUACAACUGAAACGGUCCCUCAGGAAUCCACUGUUACAGAAAGGUCCCAAAUCACCACUUUCCAUGGGCACUUAACCACAUCACUGCCUCUGGGGGCUUGUGUUGUGUACACUGAUCUAGCAGGAAAGCAAGGAGCCAACUGCAGCUAUCGCUCCCUUGUGUCUGUCCCUCGUUCUCUCCCACUGGAUACAGAGAUCCUGUUACUGAGCUACAACAACCUCACCACCGUGUCUUUAAGCUCAUUAGAAAACCUUCCAAAUCUCAGAGACAUUGACCUUUCCAACAACCAGAUACAACACUUUGACCCGGACCGCCCUUUCCCGAUAGAGAAGUUGGAUCUCUCGGCAAACUCCUUGACCAGAAUUCCCGACUUCAGCAACCUCAAGAAUCUCAGAAAGCUGAUCCUCAAUUACAAUAAGAUACACGCUCUCCCUGAGGGAGCCUUCAAUGACUUGGUUUCACUGGAGGAGCUGAGCAUCAGUGGAAAUGCAAUCCGGGUUAUCCCUGAGAACAUCUUUGACCCUGUCGAGAACCUCAAAUAUUUAACCCUGUCUGCAAACAACAUCGAGAAUCUUCCCAGUAACCCAUUCCAUAACUUAAAACGUUUGACAACUUUAAAUAUCUCACAUAACCAGCUGAGAACAAUUCCUGCAGGCUCAUUAGAGGGGCACUCCAAGCUGAAUUUGUGUCUUUCCAACAAUCCAUGGCUCUGCAAUUGUGACAUUCAAUACUUAAUCGAAUGGAUCAGGGGGGUCAAUCAAUUCAGGGAUGAAGGAACCUUGAACACCACUGAUGUUUGUAGUGACCCCCCUGAAAUGAGGGGAGUGUACCUCCUUGAGCUCCACCCAUCAGAGUUGUGCAUGACCAGCCUUCCUGGAAAUGUGACCAUGCCAGUUCUCAGCACCACAGGCACACAGACUGCCAGCCCAACAUGGUUCCUCACCGCUGGCCCAGGAGAUGCUCUUAACCGCUGGGCGCCAUCGUUUGCCCUCCUUGAGGCACUGGGCAUGCUCAGAUUGAGUUGCUUCCCUCUCUUCCUUCUGCACAGCCUGUGGUUCGUCCUCCUGCUGCUGGAGAGUUGCCUGCUCCUGUUCUACACCCUCCGCUUCCACCGCCAAGGACACAUGCCCAUGAAGUACCUCGCCAAGAGACGACUUGGCAUCCGACUGGUGCGGUAUAGUCUGCUGGUGCCUAGCCCUCGCCAGAUCUACCCUGCCCUCAGCCCCUUUGGGGAGGUGGGGGACAUGGAGGAGGCCGGUGGUGGUCAUCCACAAGAUGGUGUCUUCAAGUCACAGUUGGAGGACCCCAGGCCUUCUCCCAAUCAGAUGGUCGCUCCUGCUCAUGACUUGUAGACAGUCAACUCCAACCCAGGCGUCCUCAUCAAAGCCUGCAAGUUUUGCAGUAAAUUGCGGGCGUGAAUUUUCCCUGGUAUCAUCUCUAUUGACAUACGUAACAAGAAGAAGAGCAAGCAUUUUAUUCAUUGGCAACUAUGGGUCCAAGAGUGGGCCACUCGAUCAGAUAUUCUGGCUAAUCAAGAGGGUGACAUAAUUGGUGUAAAAACACACACUGAGCAACAUAACGCCAGGGGUAUAUGCAUUGCUGUUAGACUUUAUGUGUAGCAGAAUUCACUUCAAUAAUAAUGUAACUUUGCCUUAAAUAAAACUUACCAGCACU